CCUGCUCUCCCCCUCCUCCACUCCCGUGGAUCUCUCCCCGAAAGUCCAACCCCCCACGGUGCUCAUUUCAGGAAGAAGCGGAUCUAACGCUGCUGGAUCCACCACCACAGCCGCCUCUGUCUCUGUGUACUCAACGUUGAUUUCAUCAAAUUUCGCCAUAACCUGGUCCGAGCAGAACCACGUUUUCUAUGUAGUCAACGGCCGUCCGGACCGAGCGUCUCCCCGGGUUUAGGACCAGGAUCAUGGACUGGGCAGUGAGCUGUCGGACCCGGCUGUUGGGCUUUUUGGUGCUGCUUUGCUGCGUUGCUCUCCCACAAAAGGUAAGAAGAAGAAGAGGGUAACUGGGUUAGCUAGCUGUAGUUUGGUGACACUUUUCACUCUUAAUUUUCUGCCGUUAAAGACCUAAAUUUAUUCCCAAUCUGAGCCCGAACCGGGUCUCUUAGUGAGCCCGUGGAUCUGUCUGCUAGCUGCGUGUUUUUCCUUCACAUGACAGCGGUAAGCUAACAACGCGAACGUUAGCUUACUAGCUUAAAACGUUUUAAAUAACAUUGAAGCAGAAUUUAUCUCUUUACUGACACUUUUUUAUAAUAAUGUUUAAUUUGAAGUCCUUCAGUUUAGCGUCCAAAACAAAGGAGACCCUUUUCUCCUGAACCACCACCUUUAAUACCUGAAUCCUAACAGGCCUGCCUCCAAAACAUACUAUUAUCUUCCUAUUUUCACAGUGAAUGAGUGAAGUUAAGAUAACAUUAGUGCACAUGUAGGGGAGACCGGGGAUGGUUGUAACAUUUUUGACAUUUCUGUCUAAGCUGUUUUAAGCCAAUGCAUUCAAACUGUGAUACAAACUAGGUAUAUGUGUCUGCGUUUAAAGGCUGUAGCAGAUAGAUAGAUAGAUAUACUUUAUAGAUAGAUCCCAAACUGGGAAAUUCUCUUGUUACAGUGUUAAAAAAAAGACUAAACAAAAUUAAAUAUAAGAAGUGUGUACAGCGCAGACAAAAAAUACUAAAUACAUACAAUAAAUACAGACUAAAUAUACUAAACAUCCAAUGAGAAAAAAGUGAGAUAUGAAAAAUGUGGGCUAUAGAAAUGAGGAAUAAAUAUGAAAUGCGUAAAUAUACAGAUGGUUCAGAAUUCAGUUCAGUUCAUAGUUUCUGGGACCAGGAGACAAGAGUGUUUGGCUGUUUUGCUUUGGCAAAAGUCAUGAUGUUUCAAGUGUACUGUCCUAUGGUAUGCUAUUUAUCAUGUCUGCUUUGUAAAUUGGGCUCACUGAGUGAUUCGUUCACUGAAUGUUUAGAAGAAUUCAAACUGAACAUGCACCGUUCCCUCGCAAACCGCUGCAAUGAUCGGAUGCUGCGGGUUUUAUGCACUACUUGUUACAUGCUGUGUCCUUUUGUAUGCAAGAUGUUGUUGUGGCAAUUUAGCAGUGAAAAAAAAAAGGUAAAAAUUAUUCUAGAGAGUGAAGUUCAAUGUGAGAUUUGUUCACCAAGUAAAUCAGGUGUCCGUGCAUGUGGUCCCUCGUUCAACUCACCCCAUAGUCUGGAUUAGUUGUAACAUACCCUGGAGUGAAAUGUAAUAUAAACUAAUCAGGAUAAUGACAAAACUUUAUUGAUUGUAAGCUUGACGAGUUCAACUACAAAGGAGCCAAUACUAUCAUAGAAAUAUCUGAAUUUAAAAAAACUACUUUUUUACCUCAAAAUUAAUUCUUUUUUCUCUUAAAAUCGUCUGAGUCUAUCACAGGAUCCUACAUGUACACAUGUGGAUCGAGGACUUAACUAAGCAUGUGCAGAGUGAGUCAGGUGAUUUCUUUACUUGCUCCAGAUUGGAGAAAUUGGAAGUGUUACAGUUGACCUGUGUUACAACCAUCCCCGGUCUCCCCUACUUUUUCAACUGACAUGCCGCACAUUUCCAGGUUUGCAGCUCUAAAGUAGAAGAAAGUAUCAUAAAAUCAACCAAAACAACCUCUCCUCUGCUUAUAAAACUGAUUUCAGCCCUUAAAGUGACUAAGCUUCAUGUUCGUGUGAAUACAUUUACACAUUAUUGUUGUUUUGAUGUUGUGGGUUUGUCUGAUGUGCUUGAUAAUAUGCUGAAUUUUCUCCUGCUUGCAUAACACCCCAUCAUUUCCUUUGCUCUUGCAAGACUCUGCACAAGCUCUUUGCAGCAGCCUCUUAAAACUGAUGAUUGAGUUAGUUUGGGCAGGGCAGGCUAACAGAGAUGGUGAAAUUAUAGUUUUUGAUUCAUGCCUCUCUAUUAGCCGACUGUAGACACUCAGGCGGGAGGAGGUGAUUGGAUCAAACGGCAAAAAUUCAGGUUCAGUUCUGUCAGAAGUGUGCACCAGAUCCUCUCUCCUCUGUUUACAUCUUGAAGUAAACAGGUCAGACGUCUGUCUCAUCUGCAGUCUGUACUUUCAGAGGCCCCUCAGCAUUGUCACACAUGACGGAUCUUUGUAGUUUUACUUGAUUCAAUCAGCACAUCCUGCGUCAGGCUGGUAGAAAAUAACCACAAACUGUUGUUGUUUUAGCAGCUGGAAUAAAGACGGCGACUGAAACUGAUCCAGGUGUCAAGAAAGUCUGAAGCUAAGCGUUAGAUUUUAGUCUCCUAAUAAUCCCCGAUCAGGUUCUUCUUGUCGCCUAUGAGACAGUCUGCUUGGUUAGUGGAAGACCAGUUCUGGGUUGUCUGAAGUUUGUACAUAGAUCUGUUUUUGGUGUGAGGAGGAUAGAGACAGGAAAAGCUGAUUUUCUCACCCUGGUUUCACCCUGAGAUUGAAUAUGGGGGCUGGUAGGACAAAAUGCAAGUGAAUUUAGGGUGUAAAAUUCUGCUGUGAAGUUUUCAAGAACUUUAUGCAAAUCUGAAUCGUCUGGAAGGAAAGCUUCAUGUCAUCUUACGCUCACAUCUUUUAAUAAUAGCGCCAGAUUAUACCUUUCAAGAAGCAUGACUAACUGCAGAUGACAAUAAGCCCCCGAGCAGAUAUCUGUUUCAUCCCUCUGCCUCUGUGAGCAUAUUUUUCUCCCCUCUUGCACGUCUGCUUAUUAUUCAGGCUGAUUUUUGUCGUGAUCCGGCGCUAUCUUAUCACAGCAGCAGAUUGGCUGUGCUUUGACUGAGUGUGCCUGAGCGAGGGCCAACACGUGACAUCCUCCGCGCUGAAGCAACACGGCGCAGGGAGCAGCUGAUAGACGGUGUUGACAGGGGAAAACUGCUCCUCCUGUAAAAUGAUAGAAAAAGGCUCGGGUAUUGACUUUGACUGUACGAGAAAUCAAACAUUCACAACCUGAUGUCACCUUUACGGAGGCCUGAAGAGAAACUGCAGAGAGCUGCUCUGAUGAAGGCUCGUAAAACUGAUGAAUGGAUAGGUUUUAUUAAUCCGGGGCUGGUAACACGUCUCUGGUACAGGGUGGGAAACUUGUACAUCAUCAUUUUCAGCCGGUUACUAUGUCAACCACAUCUUCAUUCAGCUAGAAGGCGCCUCCACACAAGAAGAUGCAGUGGUGGGAGUGUAAUAUAUCGUCUUUCAGGACACAUUUUUGAUGACCUGUUUUUCUAAUUCACCCUCCUGACGACUUACCAAAUACUCGAUGUGUUAGUUCCUGUUUUUUUCCGUUUGUGCACCCAUGCAAGCUGCAGACUGACAGACUUACUGCUGAUUCGGAGGUGUCGAUAGGAGAGUGUUGUACUUCAAAUCAGAAGGAAGUAAGAAUCGGUGAAAACUUAAUAUACUCAGUGCAGAGAGGAUUUCUGUGAGACUAUCAACCUGUUAGCCGAGUCUAAAAAAAGCUGUUUAUUGAGGCUUUUGAGAGCUUAGAUGAUAACUGACUUGAUAUGAUUCGAGUCGCCUUAUCUCUAGAGUGAUUUCCUGUCUUCAAACAUUGUCACUGAGAUACUCUAGAUAGGGGAAAACACUUGCUAAAGGUUCUCCUCAGUUAUUUCUGAUUGAUAAAAGUUUAUUAAAACUAUUAAAGUCUUUAAUCUUCCACCCUCCUCUGCUCCUUGACUAAGUUUCUGAUAUCUGUGGACUGAUGGUUUGGAGUUUUUCCAAGGAGUGUGAAGGGUUGAAAAAAGCAGAAUGUUAAAAAUUGGAACGAGAUAAUUAAAGAAUAUUUUAAUCCCUGAGAAAGUCUGUAAAAAGUUUCAUGAUGAUGGUGAAACGGUGGAUAAACUGGUCAACAACGUCAGUCUGCAGAUUGUAAAUGUUCUUUAUUUAUACAGCCUUCGACAACAACACUUUCGGUGAACCAAAGUGCUUUACAAUAUAUAGAAAAUAAAAAUGAAUAAAUAAAAACAACAAACAGCAAUAAAAAAAGAAAAAAAUACAAUGAAAUAAAAUAAAGUGUCACCACACUACUGGGUAUUAAAAGCAGCAUAAACAAGUACGUUUUCAAUCGGGAUUUGAAGGCGAAGGCUCGGUCACCCCAGUGUUUGUAUUUUGACCUGAGCACCUCCAGCGGAAGUUGAUUUGACGACCUCAGAGCUCCACCCGGCUCCCCAACGGUUUAAAGCUCAGUUAAAUAGAUGGAGGCGAGGCCGUUAAGAGCUUUAAAAACAAACAUUUAAAGUUUAAAAUCCAUCCUAAAAGAGACGGGAAGCCAAAGAAGGGAGCUGAGGACAGGACUGAUGUGCUCACGUCUGUUAGUGUUGGUUAAAAGACAAGCAGCAGCAUUUUGCACAAGUUGAAGGCGAUGAAGAGAUGAUCGGGAGAUGCCAAGAUCAGCGUCGAGCAUUUUAACGACUAACAGCGUUCCAGUUUUGUCUUCUGCUGUUCUUCAUUCACUCACUCUUCACUCCACUAGCUGAGUCUGGUCAGGUCUGCGAACGCUGCAUGUGUCCUCCAUGAGCAUGUGCAGAAGUCGCUCGUAGUGUCUGUGGAAAACUUUCAUCUAGUGUCUCCCACGUGUGUCCGCCGGUCUCUCUCCUGUUAGUAGAAGAAGCUUUCGUCCAGCUGCUUCACUUUAAACCUGACCUGGUCAUGAUCGAUGUCUGUCAUCUUGAUGGGAGGGGUUAUUAUAACAGAGUGACAGUGAUGCUAAAGCGCUCGUGUGUGCUCAGUGGGAAGGAUGCCAGUAACAGCAUGUCCUGAGUUCAGGUUAGUCUGCCAUGCAGGAGGCUGUGAAGCGCAGUGACACCAUGAGCGUUAAAGUCAGGAAGAGGAGACAGUGAAGACCUCAGAACUUGCCAAGACUUUGGUUUCGCCCAGUUCUGUAGGAUUACGUAACUCCCUUAUGCAACAGCCGUACAUUUCUGUCUCAAUAUUUAAGGCCUGUGUGUGCACCGCCAGAUGUGAUCUGAGAUCUGACUCUUGUUCUUGUUCUUGUUGUUGGACACAGGUAUCUUUCAAAAGUGGCAGAGGAGCAGAUGUUUAGAAAAUCCUCUGAUUGUGAAACCAAGAACUCUGACAGAGAAAACAAACCGGAGGGGCAAAAACAAGCAAGUUGUGAUUCUCCGAGUACAGCUGUUUGACGCUCGUGAGUUUGCAGCGCGGUGGGAACAGACGCAGGUGCACGGUAUUGACUCAGCUCCUCGUUCAGGAUGUGAAACAUCAGCAGGCAAAUCUAAAAUCACCCGCUUUGGUUCUUGGUUUGCCAUGAAACCUUUUUUUAAAAACUUUGGUUUCCAAACGGUCAAAUAACACCCUCCCUCAGACGUGACGUGUGGCGGGUAUUUUUAUGGCGCUGGUUUUGUUCAGGAAGUGAAACCAGAGUGACCGAGAGGAAACACUGAGUGGCGUGGAGUUGGUGGUUCCAUUUUCUCCCCCUCACACACAGCAGGGUCUCGCCUAAUAGCACUUAAGCCCCUUUCUUUAUCUCCUCAGAAGCAGCUUAAUGCUCAGAAGAGCGUCAGACUCAUAGAUUGGUAAUCUACAUUAUAUUCAGGGGCUGUUUGUGCCGCCCCCCGGGGGCUCGUCCAGGGGGUUUGCUGAUCAAUACUGCAGUGAACUGGCUAAGCUGUUCUGUCUUUGAGUCAAGAAAGUGAAAGAAAUACUCCCAGACCUCUAAGAAUGACUUUGUGGACCUCUUCCUGCACACUGGUGCCAAAAAAACCCACAAGAAACCUCCGACUUUGUCAUCGAGCGUGGCGUUUCCGAGCACACAUCACCCUCAGGCUUAAACCGAGUCAUGAGGCCAGGUCACUGAGAAGCUGAGAAGAAGUGUUCACAUAAUCACGAAUGAGAUCCCCAAUUCAAGAAACCGACCCAGCCAGAGAGGGUCAGCUGGUAGUCCCGCACGUGCUCAGUUUGUUUACCUUCUGCUAACAGGCAGCCCUCGGCUCCGGCUGCGACUUUGAACCCCUCAGCUCCCACCUAGUUUGAUCUUCAGCCGUCAUUGUGAGGUAUUGAUUUGACAUCCAUUGAUUUGUAAAGCGGCACACGCCCCGGGGCGACCGAGCCUCCACGCCCCAACUCCGACAGAGUGCUUACUCCAUGUGGGACAGGGUGACCAACCGUCUACGCCAGAUGUUAUUAGUGACUAUGAAGUUUAAUUGUGGACUAAACUGGGAGUGUGCACGCUCCCACAAGCCUCCCAGCUGAUCUCAUGUGUGACAGUUUGAUAUGUUAUCGCUCAAAUUCAAAUGCAUGAUUCACAAGACGAGGAUGAGGAGUGGCGGACCUUUUAUCACAGCUGCUCUUUGUUUUGUGUGUCUCUGUAGGGGUUGUGCAGUGCCAGCACAGUUUCCCUUCCUGAAAGUCUGCUCUUCGUGUCCACUCUGGAUGGAAACCUGCACGCUGUCAGCAAGAAGUCGGGCUCCAUCAAAUGGACUCUGAAAGAAGGUAAGAGAGGAGCGGUCAAGACAAGUGAGAUGUUCAGAGCUCCGAGGAGGGCCGGGAGAGUGGGAGGGGACGAGUCGGAACUACGGGAGAGGGGUGUGUCGAAUACAGCGAGGUGAUUGGAUGGAGAGGCAGAGCAGGAGAUUGACCAAUAGGAGCUGUCCGGGACGGAUGGCUACCAUUGGUCAAUGUUUUUGCAGCCCUGCACCUGCUAGGGUUAACGGAUUUUUUCCUUUUUUUUUCUCUCUUAACUUUGGACCAUGAUCGCCAUAGAAACGAGGUUCAUAAAAAUUACCAAUCUCUCCAAUCGUCAACAGCAAUACAGCAAUUAAAAGUGACAGAUAAAAUGGACAAAUCUUAAAAUAUUGACAAAUUAAAAUCCAAUACGUUGUUGAUAACAUUACGUGCUCUUUCACGCCAAAAUACACAAAAGUCUUUAAAUGCAUCUAAUUUGAGUCAAACACAAAACAGAAUUCAUUGUUUAAUGCUUAUGAGCAUUAGUUAAAAUAUCAAGUUCAGGGUAUGGAAAGUAUGAAAAGUAUGGCAAUAAAUUUGGUCAAUUUUCAGGUCUUAAAAAGUAUGCAAAAGUAAAAAUUCUGUAUGGAAAAACAUUGAUGUUUCCAGACUAUUACCACAGUUCUGAAAUACUGUUUUCUUAAAUAGAAAAGUAGGUAUUUCCAAAAAUAAGUCUAAAAAGUAGGAUAUGGAGAUUCUGUGUAGGAACCCUUCAAGUAUGUCUGUAUCAAACUCAUUUUAUCAGUCGCUGUGACUUUGGUCGUUAAAAAGCCUGAAUUCGAGUUGUAAAUAUUGACUCUCAGGAAGCUCACGCGGAGGAAAAGUGAAAUGUUCUGUGAGGCGGGUAAUUAUUAACCAGGAGAGGGGCAAAUAUAGCCUGUAAUCAAGGUCAGAGUGGGCAAGGGUGAGCGGCUUUGCUGCGGUGUCACCUGCGCACACUGCAUGCACUAUGGUUACCAUGUCAACAUGGGCAGUAAGCAUCACUCAUUAAGAUUCACCGCAGGGUUAGGAAAAGUGCGCACAGUGGUUUACUCUCCUGAACACACACGUAAACACUCGGACCGCAGCAGUGUUCGCUAGCGCCACCUAACACUCAUUAAUAAGCAGAAGAAGCUGCCUCCACAUCGUCUGUUUUUCUGGGAAAGCUGCUGAAUAUAAAUGUGAGCAGUCCUCGCUCCACACUCAGUCAGGCAGCCGUACACCCACACGAUGAGGGGGGAGGCAGAAAUCUCCCCCCCGGAUCAAACAAUACAGCCCGGCCCUCACGUACAGUCGCGCUCUGUUUGCUCGUCAUACUCUGUUGACUCUGCAAACAUUUGUAAAACUUAAUACGAGCAGAAUUCAAGGCGAAGAACACGACAGUCACGCAUUCAGCAGGAACGCUGGUGCUUUCAGAGCGCAGGAGACCUCCACCACCUCUCUGUAAUCCCAGCCGCCCCCCCCUCCCCACGGCUAAUGUUGACCCCUUUGGGCACCUUCAGGAGAUCAACACCAUCAGGUCCACGCCCUGAGUGUUCACACUGCAGGGAGUUGCUUGUUUGUCUAGUAGUAAUGGCAGCUUUAGGCUUAAAGAGCUAUUGUAGGUAGCAGCCAUUGUGCUGUUUUAAGCGUCUCCUUGAAUGCAAACUGGUUUUUAAAGUGAUUUUUAUUUUAGAUAAUGAUUAAAGAGUUAUUCAAAGGGAUGCUCCUGAUUGGGGGAUGACCUAACUUGACAGCUCCAGACUUCAUAGGUUUUGAUUUCUGCAGCAAAUAUUGGUACGACUCUGUAGUGGAAAUCACCACAUCGGCUUAGAAUGACCUCCAAAAACCUGCAAAUACUGACACAUGCAGACCACCAGUCUCUGUUGUUAGUGUUUAAUAAAUGCUGUCAUGUUUUAUUGAUAGUCAGAUGACAUAAUCGUUUCCUUUUCCUGUCGUUGGCGCUCUUUUUUCAGUCGCAGUGAGUUUGACUUCUAACUCGGUUUUCAUCCGGACUUUGUGUUCAGUUCUCUUCUGCUCAUGUCACCCUCCUCUGUCUACGCUUCUCAUUGUUGGCUCAUGUUCUUGUCAGUCCUGAAUUGCAUCUCGUCUCCUUCUCCCUCCCCACAGAUCCAGUUCUUCAGGUCCCCACACAUGUGGCAGAGUACGUAUUUUCUUCAUGGGUGUACUGCACCUGUCUGUGAGAAAAAGAUGCUGAAUGCAAAUGAAUACGCCAACCAGUCGGGCUCGUCUUAACUGUCACUCACACUAAUUGCUGACAUUGUCCUUUUACUCGUCUUGAGACGUGAUGCGUUUUUUUUGUCCGUCUUUAUUCUAGACCGGCUUUUCUGCCAGACCCAAACGACGGCAGCCUGUACUCUCUGGGAGGGAAGAACAACGAAGGCCUCACAGUAAGAGGAAAUGGUUUUUUAUCAGCCGUUAAUAAACCAGAUUAUUCACUUCCCUCUUCUAAAGAAAAACACGUCCUCUCACCUUAAAGAAGCAGCUCCAGUUUCCCUCCAUGUGUCGUCUUAAAGCACGGUUUGUUUACUUGAUGUUUAUUCAUUUUGCUCAAACAGAAAUUACCCUUCACGAUACCUGAGCUGGUGCAAGCUUCUCCCUGUCGCAGCUCCGAUGGAGUCCUCUACACCGGUAAGGCUAAUCCGUGACGCUUUUUAUUCCUUAUCAAUGAGCAUUUGAUGGCCUCAUCACAGUGCGUGUCCGCGCCUCAUUUAGCCCGCUUUAUCUGGCCGUGAGCGCCGAACCUGCGGUCAGGGCCUGUGCUCUUUUGAAUUAACAGCAGCCUCCAGAGGAAAGUUAAUCUACCGCAGUGACUGACUGUGUCACGGCUGAAAGGGAAGCGGCUGACAUUUGCCUCCACGCCGUCAUUAUCGGCGAGGCUUUUGUUUUCAUUCAACCGAAGCAGAGCGGAGACACAAAGGUCUCAAAGUGCCGCAGCCUUCACCGUUUUUUAAAUUUUCAGAAUAAGAGCAGCCGUUUCCUGAUUGAAUGUUUCACCAUUCAUCUAUAAUCACAUUCAUUUGGUGUGUAACUGACACACCUUGGGUUGACAACAAACAGGAGACACCAGAACAAUAAUAGGUUAGCCGGGAACACCCAUCACUGUGAAGGUUAAAUCAAAGAAAACAACAACGGCCGUGAAGUUUGGAGUGUAGACGAAAGUUAGAAUCCUUAAAACUCAUUAAAACUUUAAAGUAUCAUUGGAUUCAUUAAAAUGUUUUUGUUUAUGUUGGUGUUCAGGUAAGAAGCAGGACUCCUGGUAUGUGGUGGAUCUGCUGACCGGCGAGAAACAGCAGACUCUGACGUCCUCCUUCGCUGAGAUGCUGUGUCCCUCCUCGUCGCUCCUCUAUCUGGGACGCACAGGUAAAAAUAAAACCAAUACACCAACGUCGCUCUGUGAUCUUUCUGGACCUCUCAGGACUUUGUAGCAUGUCUUCAAUCUGUAUUUUCAACCGGUUUAGAAUCAAUCUGGAGCUGUGGUCCAGGGAGGAAUUAAUUUAUUAACACAAAACCCACACCUCCCAAGAAUCUAAUCCAUGUAAACUUCAACUUCAAAUCGAGGGGUUCACACAUACAGAAAAGCAAGCCCAAAAAAGCUCAACGAGUUUUACAGGUGACUUCUGAGAGAAACAAGCUUCAAAAGUUGUUAAGCGGACUCGGCAACUCUAAGACGUCUACGGAUAUUUUGCCGAUGUUUAAACUUGUCUCUGUUCACAAAUGCAGGUCUAGGAUGUUCGCACGUGCGUCCAAACGGAAAUAAAACAACAGCUAGGUUUUCAAAAUAAAAGCGACACACCUUUUUAGCAUGUUGAUGAUUUAAUUGAUGGACCUCACGAAGGGCCAGAUGUGGCCCCCAAAUCUGACCUACAGCGAUUCAUGAUAUUGUCUCUCUGCAGAUAUCAGACAUACUGAUAUUUGAAAAAUCAUUUUAGCCGAUACUUCGAUCAGUACAUUCAGUUUUUACAUGAUAAAGUACACCAAGUCUCUCCUGUACUCAGAUUUAUCUCUUACUCUUAUUGUGAAAGUCUAAAUGUUUUAGAAACGGACAUGUUACGUCUGAUUCUGAUAAAAGUUAUAAAUAUUUCAAAUAUAAACUCUGUCUAUUUAUGUUUCAUAAUACUCCCAUACAGUUAAUUCCUCACAUUCAUAUUCACAUUCACACAUCAGCUCUCACUGCAUUAAUAUAGGGGAUGAUUCACUUUAUCACUUCACUUCAUCUUUAUUUGUUUUGUACAUUUUAAAAACAACAAGGUUAUCAAAGUUCUGCACAACAGAUCAAAUAUAAAAAAAGAUAAAGUUAAAAAACAGUAAAUUAAGAGCUUAUAAAAGCAAAAAAGAAAUCAGAUAAAACACUAAGAAAUACAAAAAUACAAUAAAAGACAGAGACCACACAACCCUCAUGCAGUAUAAAGAGCCAAGGAGUAAAACUGAGUUUGUAAAUGAGAUUUAAAAGUAUCCAGGGUGGGGGCCGUUUAAGCUCCCCUGCUUAUUUGGAGUUUAUCUUUUUUAUUUGGAGUCUCUUCCGCCGCUCACUUCAAGCUGAUUUGCUUCAAAGCUGUCAAAUAUGCAGAUGGAAGAAGAAACGUUCUCAUUCGUAUUCGAUAUCCACUCUGAACUUCCCUGUAUCCCGUCCUUUUUUUUGCCCUCCUGAAUAAACGGACGUGUUCCCGUCAGACCCUGAAACUGUGGCGAUGCCCGGUUGAUAGAUAGCCUCGUUUCUUUCUCUUUUUUGUUGUUUAUGAGCGAGAUCAUGUUGCAGUCGGAAAGCAAAGGGGACGGAUAAUCAGACAAACAGGAUGUCGCACAGCCGAAGAGAGAAAGACACGCCGGAUAAAGUCUGAUUCACCUCUGACUGCAGUUAUAAGAGAGAUCUGGAUCACGCUGCUAUUUGAGUUGAAGAAAUACUCCCUUUCUUUAGCUUGACCUUUAUGUAGACAUCACCAACCAUGCAGCUAAUACAGCAGGAUCACAGGAGAUAAGAAAUAUAAACAAAUCCAACACACCCACUGCAGACUAUCUUUCACUCCUUUUGUCUGUAACUACUGCUCUGUAGAUCGGAGAAUGAAGCCUCUACCAUCCAUACCUUAGUCUCAUUAUCAUCCAUUCAGCUCUUGAUUUAAUCCGGCUAAUUAACAGGCCUAUUCGUCUGGCACGUUUCUCACCUUUAUUUACCUUCAGCUCAUCCCCCCUGUGUUUCCAUCCCCCCCAGUCUGUCCCCGCAUCGCUUAAGGCCACAGAAACUAGGAUGGUAAUUGAAGAGCAUGAGAGUCUUUCACACUGAUACUCUGUAAAUCCUCAACGUGGUGUCGAGUCAGACUUUGCUUUGUCACCUCAAAGUGUAAUUGCCGGAUUAAGUUUCGCCGUCACCGGAUAUUUUCCUUCAGUAAAUGCCAUUUUUGAAGCGGAAGAAACUUGAAACCUCUUUUUUUUUUCCUCGCUGUUAGAAACGGACCCUUGUAGCCUCACUGCCUUUAGUGGUUUGUUACAUAAGAGAAGUGAGCUCACAUGUUUCACCCCCCGUGUGAAAAGUCUUGUUUUCUUCUCGUUAGAGUACACCAUCACCAUGUACGACACCAAGAGCAGAGAGCUGCGCUGGAAUGCCACCUAUUCCGACUACGCCUCCACCCUCCCUGAUGAUGACACCAAAUACAGUAAGGCUCCUGAUUCGCUGGCUGUCUCUCUCUCUGAAGUUUUUGAAACACACACACACUCAUACUAACCCGCUCCUCUGCGCCUCUCAGAGAUGGCUCAUUACGUCUCCAACGGCGACGGCCUGGUGGUGACGGUGGACAACGAAUCCGGGGACGUCCAGUGGGUGCAGAACUACAACUCUCCGGUGGUGGCCAUUUACAUCUGGCAGCGCGAGGCACUCCGCAAAGUCACCCACACUAACGUUGCCGUGGAAACCCUCCGCUACCUCACUUUCAUGUCCGGAGAGGUCGGCCGCAUCACCCAGUGGAAAUACCCGUUCCCAAAAGAGAAGAAGCCCAAGAAUAAGUUCAUGUAGGCAGCACUUUUCUCUCUUCUUUCAGUCAGUGUGACCUCUGACGGUCCUCAUCUUGUUUCUGAAUCCUGCAACAAACAUGUUACAACCUUCCCCCUUAUUAAUCACCGGGUUUAAAUUCCUUAAAAAUGCUCUUUUGUAAGACGUGUGGUUGCCUAAUGCCGGGAUGGAGUCUAGACAUGUGAAAUCGAACAAAAGGUUGAAGACCGGCCUCGCUUCAGCUCUUGUCUCGCUCUGCAGGAGGGUUUUAUUUUUAUAUUUUGUUCACAGCGGCUUGUGCUGGAACGGACAGAAACAGGAAGUGAUGGAGUGUUUGGCCUUAAAGACGAGAAUAAAAGCAGCUUCUUGGUCUAUUAUUCGACUCUGUGCUGGUGCAAAAGAGGAGAAAAGAGAAUAUUUUGUUGUCUCUCAAUUUAACAUGCAUAAAACAACAUUUUCUAAUAAAACAGACACAUUUAAGCUGCUUUAAAGGAGGGCACCAGGUAAAUUAAGUCGUUUUCAAAGUGCGAUAUGAGGCAGCGUGCUGACUGUGAAGUUUCCUGACGGAUAUAUUUUAUGGUGACUAAAGCAAACAGUCUUUUUAUGGAUGUAUUUCUAACGCUGUAGAUGUUUGCUCACAGUCCGUGUUUUAUUUUUUCAGGGCCACUCUGUACGUGGGGAAAUACUCCACCAGUCUGUACGCCUCUCCCUCACUGGUGCACGAUGGAGUCACUGUGGUGGUGAGUGACGGUAUCAUAAAACGUGCAGAUCUCCUUUUUUAAACAAUCUGACCUUUUAUUAACACACGUCAAAGUCACAAACUGGCUCAUACAAGAAAUACCUGUAAUAUUUAUGUGUAUUUUCUGAUGUCAUUGUGUGACCACACAGCCACGUGGCAGCACCUUCCCCAUGCUGGAGGGUCCCGACAGUCAGGAGGCCGAAGAGGACAAAGAGUGUGUUAUCACUCCCAGCACCAGUGUCAAGUUUAACGCCGCACUGCUGAAGAGAAACCGUAUCAACUUCAUGAGGAACCACCUGCUCCUGAUAGGUACCACAACAUCAAGUUAGAUUAGAAACCAUCCGCUCACAGUUUUAUUAACAAUUUAUUAACAUCAUUUGAAUCUUGACUUCAGGGCUGUGAGAGGCCCACGUUUGUUGAGCUGAGUCUGCCCUCUGCUGGUGAAUCGUGGUAAAACAGCUCUAACAUAAAUGUACUUACAAAUACAUUUUGCUUUUCAGGUCAUCACGAGACGCCUCCCGAAGCUCACACCAAGAUCCUGGAGAAGUUUCCUGACAGCUUUCCUCGCAACCCAGGCAACGUCAUCCCGCCUACCACUGACAAGAAAGUUGAGGAGGUGUGUGUGUGUGUGUGUGAGACCCCUGACCCUAUUUUUUUUUUCAGGUGAUUUCAGAUGUCAAAACUUCUUUUUUCAGAUUUGACCAUCUCUCUCUCUCUCUCUCUCUCUCUCUCUCUCUCUCUCUCUCUCUCUCUCUCUCUCUCUCUCUCUCUCCCUGUUCUCGCUGCUUCCUCUCAUCUGUAGAAGGUGAAUGAUAGCGGCAGGGACGACGGCCCGCCUUCUUCUCUGCCUGAAACAUCUGUGGAGGAAACGAAGACCAGUGGUCGCCCUGCGCGCCCAGAAGCACCCGUGGACUCCAUGCUCAAAGACAUGGCCACUAUCAUCUUCUCCACUUUCCUCCUGGCUGGCUGGGUGGCCUUUGUAAUCACCUACCCCAAAGUAAGUUCAACAGCAACACCUAGUGGACUGUCAAGGACUUGCACCCGGCAUGUUAUGAUUCCCCUCCUGAUGACUUCACUAGAAAAUCUUUUUUUUCCUCACUCCAGAGUGUUCACAAGCAGCAGCAGCUGCAGCACCAAGAAUUCCAGAGACAGAUGGAGGAGAGGUUGGAGCUCCUGCAGAGACAGCAGCCGUUCCCCCCUACAGACCUCGGCCUCAGCUUGCCCCAAGACAGCGACUAUCUCGAAGUUGCCCGCACUCGCUCUGAGUGCUCGGACCACAGCAGCCCCAACGUCACCCCCCGCGCCUCCAACCACUCCAACCUGUCUGUAUCUGAGCUGGGAAGCUCUGCGAACGAACACGAGGAUGGAGGUGAGCAUGAGCGAGUUCAGAUGACGUGUGUCUCCUGUUGUUUGGUCUGUCAGAGUCCUAACCGUCUGGAUUGUUCUCUUUGUCUGAUCAGAGGAGGAGUCCAAUCUGGUGAGAGUGGGAAACAUAACUUUCCGUCCCAAAGAGGUGUUGGGUCACGGCGCUGAGGGCACCAUCGUGUACAAGUGAGUUAAAAAUCCGUCAUGAAAACUCGUCCAUUUCUGCAGAAAUUAGACUUCAUUAUAUUUUCAUUGUUCUUUUAAAUAAUCAGGGGUCAGUUUGACAACCGACCUGUGGCUGUGAAGAGGAUCCUCCCAGAGUGCUUCAGCUUUGCAGACCGGGAAGUUCAGCUGCUGAGGGAGUCAGACGAGCACCCGAAUGUCAUCCGCUACUUCUGCACCGAGAGGGACCGUCAGUUCCAGUACAUCGCCAUUGAGCUGUGUGCUGCCUCACUUCAGGAGGUACUAAAGGGUCUUCAGAACCUCAGUUAUUUAGGAGUGUUAUUCAAAUCCUGUUAAUCUGUGUGUGUAGCAUGUCGGGCUCUUCAAUAACUUCUCCUGAAAUGACUCUGCAGCAGGACACGUCUUCACACUCUUCAUCCUUAGUUGCUUCACUGACUGCUGUCUUCUCUUUUUUUAGUACGUGGAGAGGAAGGAUUUUGACCGUCAUGGACUCGAGCCAGUGAUGCUUCUCCAGCAGACCAUGUCAGGACUGGCCCACCUGCACUCUCUCAACAUCGGUAAGUAUCCUGUCACCAAACACAAGACCGUUUCUUUCAUUCUCACAACAUAAAAAAACAAACACUCCUCAUUCUCUGCUCAUCGUCACUCUUUUCUCUUAGUCCACAGAGACCUGAAACCUCAUAAUAUCCUGGUGUCCAUGCCCAACGCCCACGGUCGGGUCCGGGCCAUGAUCUCCGACUUUGGCCUGUGUAAGAAGCUGGCAGUGGGCCGCCACAGUUUCAGCAGAAGGUCCGGGGUGCCGGGAACAGAAGGCUGGAUCGCCCCGGAGGUGCUGAGUGAGGACUGCAAAGACAACCCAGUGAGUUAAAGACAGACAGAUGAACACAAAAGGGGGUUUAUGUGCAGUAAUGACUGUUCUGACAUAAACCAUUGUCUAAGAAAUGACGGUUGUGUAGAGGUGCUGUAUUUUAUAUUUAUGCCACUCUAACUCUUUGCUGUCUUUCCUCUUCUCGUCCCGUGUAGACGUGCGCUGUUGACAUCUUCUCGGCCGGUUGUGUGUUCUUCUACGUGGUUUCUCAAGGAAGCCACCCGUACGGCAAAUCCCUGCAGAGGCAAGCGAAUAUCUUAUUGGGGACGCACAAUCUGGACCAUCUGCAAACUGAAAAACACGGUGAGGAUAAACUUCAGAUUUAUGAAAGCUGUCCGAUUUUUGUAGAUAUAUGUGAGGUGUUUUUUUUUCACAAAGUAAAAACCUGCCUGUUCCUGUGUGUCGUUUAUCAGGGGACAUAGUAGCCAGAGAUCUAAUAGAGAAGAUGUUGAACAUGGAGCCACAUAAGAGGCCUUCUGCAGAGAGCGUCCUCAAGCAUCCUUUCUUCUGGAGCCUGGAGAAGGAGCUGCAGUUCUUUCAGGUUCGUUUUUGAUUCUUAAUGACGGUUUCGGUGCCUGUCGACUCGUGCUGAUCGCUCAUUUUUGGCCCCUUUUUCGUUAAGAAAACUGCAAGUUAGUUAAAAGUCAAAGUACUUUAUUUUUGUGGUUGUUUGCAGGAUGUGAGUGACAGGAUAGAAAAGGAGCCGCUUGAUGGACCAAUCGUGAGACAGCUGGAGAGAGGAGGGAGGGCUGUUGUCAAGGGUGACUGGAGGGAGCAGAUCACGGUGCCACUGCAGACAGGUACGAGUCUGUGACUGAUAAACACGCUCCUGUAAAGUACUCUCAUUUCCUCCUGCAUCGUACAACUUGAAGCAACAUUUCUCGGUAGCUGCAGAAAGACUUUAAGAUGCAUGAUGAACAAAGUGUUUUUUUAUUCUGCCACAUAUCAGAGAAGGAAGUGGUGAAUGAAGCCUACUGCUGCCGUCAGCAUUUAUACAGACUGAGUGUCUUUGUAGAGUCAUGACCUGAAGUGUGUGCGUGCAAAAAUACAGGAGUGUGAAAAUGCACUCAACGUUUCGACUUACAGGCUCUUGAAAUGGAUGAAGUGUCUGUAAACAUCAACUAGAGCUCAUAAGAAAAAGAUCUUAGGAAAAUUCUGUAAACUUAAAUCAAAACUUUAAAUGAAAAGCAAAACAAAUAAUUUAGACUGAAGUUUGUAAAGGUGCCAGAACGAUGUCUGGAUGGUCAAUUUUUUAAGAUUGUUCUUUAUUUUUUACCUGAAAGUCACGUUAACAGAGUCACAACAUUCCACUUUCUCCACAUCUAAUAUCAACAAAUUGAUCUUAUCUGCAGCUUCGAGUGUGAAACAUGUUGGAUCUUCAUUGACAGUAGGGAUGGGAGCGAUAUAGGCUAAAAAAAUUUAUCACGAUAAGUUUUGCCAUUCCUGUGAUAACAAUAAAAGUCCGGGUAAAAGGGUGUUAUUAUUCCAAUCUAUAUUUUUGACUCAUUUUGUCUUAAGAGGAAAUUUGUUGGAAACUGUUUUUGCACAGAGUGAGCAGCAGCAGAUCCACUGCUCGACGUCAGGCAUACCUGAUUGCGCUCAUCUAAGCCUCAAAUCCCUCGUGUGGAGCCUCAUUUAGUAGCGUCUUCUUCACCACAUUCGGCCAUAUUUGUUUGUUAAUCUGCUCUGUGUGGGCUACGGCUGCUAGUCGGUCGCUCAAGCUUACUUCAUCAACUUGCAUUUAUCGCAUUUAUUGGUAGAGGGCAAAUUUUCAUCAUGGAGGAUAUUCCUGACGAUUAAUUGUGAAUGAUAAUUUAUCGCCCAUCCCUAAUUUGUCGGUAUCUGUGUCUGCGUCCUUGUUGUGACAGUGAAACCUGGUGCAUCUUCUCUGUCUGUCUGCACUGACCAGUCAAAGUGCCGACACUUUAGAAACCAUGUAACCAUGAGGGAUUCAUUUAUUUUAUUUAACCAGGAAUGUCCCGUUGAGAUUAAGAACCUCUUUUUCGAGGGAGUCCUGGCCAAGAGGCAGCAGAAAGUUACAGUUUCAACAAUGACAUGCAAAUUAAAUCAAAUGAGAUCAUGUAUCAUGCUGUUUUCUCUCUCCCUCUCUUAUCGGCAGACCUGCGGAAAUUUCGCUCUUAUAAGGGUGGAUCAGUCAGAGACCUGUUGCGUGCGAUGAGAAACAAGGUAGGAAUGUAUUUUCAUACUUUGUGGUCAAAGGAAUGAGCUCUACGUCAUCUGACUCACCGUGUCCUCUCUCGCCGACAGAAACACCAUUACAGGGAGUUGCCUGCAGAGGUACAGGAGACCCUGGGCUCCAUCCCUGACGACUUUGUGUCUUAUUUCACCUCCCGCUUCCCCCACCUGCUCAUGCACACUUACCUGGCCAUGCGGACAUGUGCGUCAGAGAGGCCAUUCCUGCCUUACUACUCCGCUGCUGAGCAGAUGGCAAAAACACAAGCCGAACACGCACACCUCAGCUCGGAAAGACAAAAUGAGACAUGCAUCCAACACACGCCAACAGACACACCGUCACCCUCCUCACAACCGCAGGAUGCAGCUCAUUCUUUACAGCCGUCUCAUGCCACACUUAAUGGACCAUUGCCCGCCUCAUCCCCGGAUGAAUCUGUAUCCUCACACCUGCCAGUUCAGACAGUGCAGCCUGCAGAGCCAGCACCGUCCACUCAGACGCCCACACCUGCCUCAGAAUCAGCCACAGACCCUCUCAGGCACAAAGAAUCCAAUCAGCCCGAGAUGCAAACACUGCCAGAUCCUUCUGCACAGGAAAAAGAUCCAGUGUGAGCCGAACCGGAGACAGGUGGACCCAGCACAGACGGGAGGGGGAUGUCUUAAAGGGUGGACACAGCGCGGGGCUCAGACGCUGCACCUUGAGCUGGUGAGGACCAGGCCUGCAGUGCCUGGGAUCACCUGCAGGGUGAAGCAGCUGCGUCUCCAGUUUAAGUGCCUUCUGCUCACCUGAGACACAACGUUCCCCUCAGAACCGUCCACAGGUCCGCCUCUGAGGAAGUCUGAUAACCAACAGGGUUUUGUUGAAGGUAAUCAUGUAGCGGGACUGAAAAAAAGGAGAAUUUCUCUGGUGUUUUAUAUCAGCAUGUCCAAAAAGUGUGUGUCUCUAAAAUAUUUUGGCCUCUAUUGUGGGAAAUCUCGUUGGGAAGUUUAAUCGUGCAAUGUGGUAUUUCUCGGUGAUCCCGUUCACUGCGCAGAUGCUGUAUGUAUAUUUUUGUUUAGACUGAUCCAAAAUUUGGAUCGCUGAUGUGAAAUCAUUUAAUACGGCCGAUGUGCCUUUUUUAAUAUCACUGGGCUGCAUGGGUACAGCUCUUAAAAAAUGACUAUGCUAAAUGUGCUUGAUUCCAGUUCAUGCUGCUAGACUGCUUUUCUUUUGUCAAUCAAGGUAAUCGUGCUAACUCUGCGAGAGCUAACCGUUCCAAAGGGCGUUCACUGUGACACCUGAAUACAGAUGUUUUUUUAUUCUCAUGUGAUUAUGUGGAAGGUUAUGAGUUUAGAGGUCGGGCUGCAGGAAUAUCACGUAUAAAAACCUUCUCAAGGGCGAUAAAGUGAAGUUUAUUACUUGCACAUUAAAUCCUAUUUUGUUUUAUACUAA